GGUUAUUCAGAGGUGCCAGUGAACAAAGGAACAAAGGAUGAUCACGCUGCUGUGUUCUUAAGCCAAAAUGGUAAAAAGCAUGAAGAUGCCAGUGGGCUAUCAUAAGCAUUGUGACAAGUGUUACAAUGUCCACUGUCAAGUCCCUGCGCAGACCUCUGUUUCAUGUAUAGUCGUGAAAUGUCACAAAAACUGUGGUGCAAGCCUCCACAUGUGCAAGCAAGAAGAGCACCAGCUUCUCUGUCCAAAUGAGAUAGUGCCUUGCCUUAAUGUUUAUUAUGGCUGUCCUCUCACCAUGCUGCGCCACAGGCUGGCCAAACACUUAGAGGUCUGUCCUGCCAGCUUGGUCUGUUGCUCUCAGGAGUGGAACCGCUGGCCUAUUUCAGAAAGUGACCUGACCUUUUAUAGAAAUGUUUCUGAAAACCCUGUGGUAAACACUGAGGAAAAUCUUGAUGUUGCUAUGGCUCAUAGGGACCAAGAGCAGCUGUUUCAAUCAAUCAAAAUGAAGAACAUUUUUCCCGAGUUGAUAUUGGAGGAUUCUGCCGUGCAAAACAUUGCUGCUGGAAUCAACAGUCCUGCAGAUAAUGCUUGCUGUUCUGUAGACAGUGGUGAAUAUACAGAAAAUGGCAGUGCAAAGUUGGACGAAGAACUGAGUCAAGAGGAGAGAGAUACUUUGGCAAAGUGCACAGAUGUGACAAGUAUUCAAAAUUAUAGCUCCUGGGAGAAAAUAUUCAAUAAGGAGAAGGAGGGAUGCAAGCAAACCAUCAAAAACCUGAAUAAGGGAGAAAAAGGAAAAGAAAAGGAAGACCAAGAAUCAUCAAAGAGUCAGAAAGAAUUACACCAGGGUGGAGAAUGUCCUGUAACUGCCAGAACCAUGGACGGUGCCACUGGCCUUGCACCAUGGCAAGAUGGGGUCCUUGAGCGUUUAGGCAAAGAAGUCAACAUUGCAGAAUAUAAUAUGUAUCUGGUGCACAAUGGGGUAAUGCUGAUUAACUUUGGGCAACUUGCUGCUUGCACACCAAGAGAAAAGGAUUUUGUCUAUGGGAGUCUGGAGCCCAUUGAGGUGAAAAGCGUCCGAACAUUUAAUGUGCCUACCAGCUAUCGAGCAAAGCGCAAUCACUUGAAAGACCCCUCGCGCAAGGCCCAAACCACACACCAGAGUGUUGACACUUCAGAUCUGGGCAUUUCAAUUGAGGAUCUUCCAAAGUGUGAAGAGGUUAGCACAACACUUCUGUGCUCCCUGGAAAAAGAACUGAAGGGACAUUCGAUCUCAGAGAGUGUGUCGACAGAUGGUCUUUACACAGAUAUAGGAACACAAACGUACAUCUUUUCUUCUGCACCCUUCAAGCAAGAUGCUUCCUUAGCUGAUGUCAUAGCAGGUAAACCUUGUCGUCUUUAUUUAUACAUCGAAGCAGAAUCUGUCACUAGAAGACACAACAAAACAAGUUCAGCCUUCAGCUACAUGUGUGGCCACUACUUUCGCCGUGAUGAAUACUGCUUUCACUUCAAGAACGUGCAUUCUGACAUACAAGCCUCUCUAAAUGGCUGGUUUCAGCAGCGUUGCCCUUUAGCAUACCUUGGUUGUACUUUCACCCAGAUGAGGUUUCACCCAACAGGUCAGGAAGCAAUAGUUAAGUUCUCCAAAGAUGGCAGCACUCUGGUACUCCAACCAAAAGCCAAUUCAUCACUCUGUGCAGGUGGGAAAACCUUCAGUCCUAAAAGGAAUGAUGCACAAAAUCUGGAUCCCCUAAGCAGCCUUCCUUUGGAGAUCAUUCAGCAUAUUGCUGGUUACCUUGACAGUUUUACAUUGUCUCAGUUGUCCCAAGUCUCCCAUCUAUUGAGAGAGGUGUGUGCCACAUUGCUGCAGGAGAGAGGGAUGGUCUCCCUCAAGUGGGAGAAAAAGAAACACUCCAGUGAAGGAAGUUCCUGGAUUUGCCAAAAGAAAGUUUGGAAAUUCAGCUCUCAGUUUUCCUCUGUGGACAGAUGGAGCUUCAGCGAUACUCCUUCCAUGUCAAAUCACCUGGGAACCUGCUCCUUCUACCAGAGAGAAGAUCGCACUGAGCCGGUGGCUUUACCCUGCCUGGGAGAGGUCAGAGACAAACAUGGGAAACUAAAGCAUAAAAGAUAACGCUCACGUUUCAGAGCACAGCGGGCAGACCACAACACGAGUUAUGCCUUGUUUGAAAUCACUGAGACGUAACAUGUAUGCACUCAUCUGAAAAGUGGAAAAAGCCUCCGCAUGUAGAGCUGCUGUAUAAAAUCAGAGCUGCAGUGUGUUAAAGCCCUGCAGAAAGACAAUCUGUUGUAUAUUAGAAAUAAGAAUAAUUUAGUGUAACAGGAUAUCUUGGUGAUGUAAUCAUCCUUUUUUUUUUUAAAGCAUUUACUCAGAUCAUUUUUCUCGUUGGUGUGCAAAAUUCUCUGAGAUGGAUCUUGUCAUGCAGUGUAGUGUGGAGAGAAACGUGAAUGCUAAAAGUCUUUUUUGCAUUUCGAAUUUUCGCAUUUGGGCAUGUUUUGCCUGGGGAACAUCCUCAUGAUAUUAGAUGAACCAUUUGGCAUGACUGAGAUGACAAGUGCUGUUUGUUCCAGCAUAUUUCAUUCUUAUGGUGAAAGGCAAUGUUUGAAAGAAAAAUCAAGGAAGGGGAAACGCUGAUGACUGUUUCAGUAUGACAAGACUGACAUCUAGUGGAUAAAAACUUAAGUAUCCCAUCUGUAUCAAAUGGUGUGGUUUGGCAUUUUAAUGCUGGAGAUUACAUCACAUGCUGCAUGUGUCAUAUUUAAUAAAAUACAGCAGUGCUUGCUUUGUGAUGAGAACAACUCAGUUUGAAAUAAGUGUGAUCUGCAUAUGUGAAUAAAUGUGAUUUUUAGCUGGAUUCGUGACUUUUUUUAAAGCAGCACAAUGAACAGAAUUUAAAGAA